GCGGUGAAUCAAGUAUGAGGACACGAGAGAUGGUGACGCGACGGACGGGCAGAAGGAAUACAAAAAUAACACGACGGUGCACGGACAGUCGCAGAGGGAAAGAAAGAUGUUGUUUGGAAUAAAAAGUGGCGUCGCUCGUACCUACGUUUCCGCGACAGAAAGCAUCGGAGGAGAGUUUAGAUCGUCCUCAUUCAUCGGCAGAGUUUCGAUGAAAAGUCCAGAACCUGUCACACGUCUGAGUCACGGAGUCUCACUCUAAACAGUAUUAACACUACGCCGAGGGUACAUGUGAACGUACCGCUGCUGCAUUUAUUCUCCGUUGAUAGCCGCAUUUAGAUCGUCGAAAGCGUUGACUACCAACUUGCACAGGAUGCAGGUGAAAAAACACAGGAGCUCCGAUGACUCUCAACGGGAUGACACAAAGAAAAAGCCGUCAUGCUUUUCAAAUAUUAAGAUAUUUUUACUGGCGGAAUGUGCUCUGAUGUUGGCACAGGGUACAGUGGGGGCAUACUUGAUGAGCGUGCUGACCACACUGGAGCGGCGUUUCAAUCUUCAGAGUGCUGACGUGGGUGUGAUUGCCAGCAGCUUUGAGAUUGGCAAUCUGGCCCUCAUACUUUUCGUUAGUUAUUUUGGUGCAAAAGCCCACCGUCCACGAUUAAUUGGCUGUGGAGGCAUCAUCAUGGCUUUAGGAGCCCUGCUGUCCGCUUUACCUGAAUUCCUCGCCAGUCAAUACAAGAUCACAGAUUCCUGGAGCAGGGAGCAAGGCCGGGAUUUGUGCUUCAACACUUCAAAAGUUGAUGAACUGUGUGGGAAUAGAGCCAACACCAAUAUGAUGUACUUGCUUCUGAUUGGAGCACAGUUUCUACUGGGUAUAGGGGCCACUCCCGUGCAGCCCCUGGGUGUUUCCUACAUAGAUGAUCAUGUACGGAAAAAAGACUCCUCUCUAUAUAUAGGUAUACUGUUUUCCACUCUGGUAUUUGGACCUGCUUGUGGUUUUAUCCUGGGCUCUGUCUGCACCAAUGUUUAUGUGGAUGCUUUAUUCAUUGAUACAACUAAGCUGGAAAUCUACCCCGAUGACCCUCGAUGGAUCGGCGCAUGGUGGGGUGGCUUCCUCCUCUGCGGUGCCUUACUCUUCUUCUCCUCCCUCUUCAUGUUUGGCUUCCCCCAGUCUCUGCCAUGCCGGGAGGUGGAGGGAGGGGUUGAGAGUGAACAGGCCAUGCUGCCUCCUUCUUUAGCACAAGAUAAUGAGAAAUCCAAGUCAAGCAAUGGAGUCCUGCAGAAUUGCCAGCCCAACAGUAACAGCCUGUCCUGCUGCCAACAGCUCAGAGUUAUUCCCAAGGUGACUAAGCAUCUGCUGUCAAACCCUGUGUUCACAUGUAUUAUCUUAGCUGCCUGCAUGGAGAUUGCUGUUGUCGCUGGCUUUGCUGCCUUUCUGGGAAAAUAUCUGGAGCAACAGUUCAACCUCACCACCACCUCUGCUAACCAGCUGUUGGGGAUGACAGCUAUUCCAUGUGCCUGUCUGGGUAUAUUUUUGGGUGGUUUGCUGGUGAAGAAACUGAACCUGUCUGCUCUGGGAGCGAUUCGUAUGGCCAUGCUGGUCAAUUUGAUCUCCACUGCCUGUUACGUGUCUUUCCUCUUCCUGGGCUGUGACACAGGACCUGUCGCUGGGGUGACUGUCGCCUAUGGCAACGAGACACUUCAAGUAGGCCAGACACCGGAAGCCCCAUGCAUGAGUCAGUGUAACUGCUACACUUCAUCUGUUAGCCCCGUUUGUGGCUCCAAUGGUGUGACCUACUUGUCCUCCUGUUUCGCUGGCUGCAGAACUGCCAUCAGCACUGGACUAACAUCUCUCUCACAGAACCUGACAGGCUGUACGUGCAUCUCUGGAUACCUUGACUUCGCCACAGCUGUGCCAGGCAAAUGUCCUCGCCCUGGCUGCCAAGAGGCCUUCCUCACCUUCCUGUGUGUGAUCUGUGCCUGCAGUAUGAUUGGAGCCAUGGCCCAGACUCCCUCUGUCAUCAUUCUCAUUAGAACUGUGAGCCCAGAACUGAAGUCAUAUGCCCUUGGAGUUCUUUUUCUGCUACUGCGACUGUUAGGAUUCAUUCCCCCUCCAUUGAUAUUUGGUGCGGGAAUCGACUCCACGUGCCUUUUCUGGAGCACCGAGUGCGGGGAGAAAGGUGCCUGUCUGUUGUAUGACAACAUGACCUACCGACACCUGUACAUCAGCAUGACCAUAGUCCUCAAGAUUGUCGCUUUCCUCCUCUACACAACCACCUGGCAAUUUUUGCGCAAAAACUACAAGAAAUACAUUAAAAACCAUGAAGGAUAUGUUACGCCCACUGAAAUGUUCUCGUCCAGCGUGAAUCUGGACACUCUGGGAAAGGACAGCAGUCAAAGCCAAGUCAACAGGACUAAAUUUAUAUACAACCUGGAAGAUCAUGAGUGGUGUGAAAACAUGGAGUCUGUUUUAUAGUGGGGUAGGCCACCCACAUGCUAAUUCAAAUGUAAUUCUAUUGAAGGAUCAUCCUUUUGUCUUUAUUCUUUUUAUAAAGAAAACAUUUUUCUCUCGCUCCAGGGUGUGCAGGCCUGUUGUGGCACUCUCAGUUUCAUGCAAACUGUUCUACUGGGGCCAUUUUGUUUUUAAAAGUACUUUCAGAUAAAGUGUUUGUCCAGUGCCAGUAAACUGCUGUAGUUGUUCGUUCCAGACAUCUACUCUAAUAGAUUGACUGUGUCACAAACAAAUGUUGCCACAUUUUACACAUUGAAAUCAAGUUAAAAAAAUUAACCACCUUGAUUCAUCAUCAAGCUCUGAUUUGUCCUGGUAUAAUACGGCCCCCAAAGCUGAUGGUUCAUGCUGUCCAUGCUCUCAAUAUCUCCUGCCAAAUCCGUUAUUAUUAUGGAGAUCAUGUCAAUGUAUAACAUCACGCCAUGGCCAACCAGUUUAUCAGUAGUAACAUAUAAUUCUAUUGCAUACAUAACAUAAUUCUAUACUACGUGUGAAAACAAUAUCAGAUAUUUCUCAAAACAUUCUUUUGGUCUGCAUUCAAAGGGGUGUUUGAGAGAUGUUUCUUUUCAAAGUGCUUUUGCAGCAUUUGCUUUCUGCUGUUAAAUGAUAUUCUUUAUUAAGCCCUAAAAUGUCUUAAUUUGUAAAGGUUAUUGAGAUAGAUACUGUAUAUUGUUAUCAUAUUUAUACAUGUGUGCAAUAGUGGGAGAUUAUUUGAAAAAAGCCAGAGAAGUUUUCUCUUUAUAUGUAAGAUAUAUUUCUCAUUAGAUUUUUAGGGAUGCCGUAAACUUUAGUGAACUUUUUUCGUUUUCUUUUUUUUUUUCUUCUCAGGAAUAGAGAAUGUUUAAGAAUGAUUUUAUAAAUGAAUAUAAGAAUGCCUCUUUAUCCUGAUGACAGUAAUGAAAGUCAAGGGAGUAGACAAAUGUUCUGACUGAAAACAGAGGAUAUGUAUUGGAAAAAAGGACUUUUGUAUGCAGUGGCACAAUAACUUUGUCAUUUAUGAGUAGUGCUCUCACCUUUUAGCCCCUUGUUUUACAAAUAACAUGACAUUCUGAUUCAGGCUGGGCCCUGAUAAUUGGGAGUUGGAAAAAAGUGAAUGAAAUUCUACGCAGUUAUAAUGUUACAAUAUGUGUAAAUGUGUUUUUCCAUUUUAGAGUCAUUUACCAAUUGAAUUGAAAUUAAAAUAUUUUAUUUCCCUUAUGGCAAUAAGAAAUGGCACUUUGGGGCCUUCAACAGAUUUGAUAUAGUGGUGUACUAUAUACAUACUGUAAGGCACUUUGGGAUGAAAAUGGUUUAUGGUGAGUUUUUUUUUAAUUAUUAUUUCAACUUCACAUUAUUUGAACUUUUAAUAGCUUUAAUAGCACAUCAGUCUUGUUUUACAGGCAACAAUUGUACUGCAGUUCAGUUUUAAGCAGUCUCCUUUUCAUAUAAUAUUUGUAUGGCAAAAUAACUUUUAUUUUAUUCUGCAAAUAAAUUAUU